CGGUUCAGUCGACGCCGAGAAGUGCUGGUGGAAGCACACGUUUUUUAACUACUUCCCUUCGCCAUCUAAAAGUUCCCCAAUUUUUCUGUUUGGUCCGAACAAGAGAGAGAAAAGACAUUUUGUCGGGUUUGACCGUUUAGUCGUGUAGAAAAAAGAAAAACUGUUUUGUCUAUCGUGUUUAUUCGAAUUCAACAACAACCAAAAAACAAGACAAGUUUUCAUGUGUUUUUUCGACAACCGAUUGCAGAUUGUGUGUGUUGUGUUGUGUGCCCAGUGAAAUUUAAAUUGAACUGAAUUAAAAACACGUUGGGUUCCAUCUACUGGAUUAUUUGUUUGUGUGUGUGUACCCAGAAAAAGAAGAAGUGAAGAAAAGUGGUUGUUGUUGUGUGUACACCCUUUUACAUUUUUGUUCGUGUCUUGGAGACACACACACACGGAACAACUUGUACACACACACGUUGGAAAAUCUACCAUACCCACAGAGUUCGACGACGACGUUUUGUUUUCUCCUUGAAGAACGUCGCAAGUGUCGACUCGUCCAAGAGAGUCGGGAACCAUCGGACCAAUGACAUUUCAACGGAAAUAGGCGGCGAUCUUUGAUUCGGUGGUUGUGUGUUUUUUCAAAGUGAGUGUGCUGUGUGUUUCCGACAACAACAACAAACGAAAGAAAUGGUGAAGAAGAACUUUGCUGCUGCGUCGCAGCAUCGGUUACGCUUCUUGUGGAUAAAUCUUAUCGCCCUCCUGGCCCACAUUGGCUUCUCUUCUGCUGAUUACGUUGUGCUCCUGGAUACGACCAAAGAGGAUUCACUGGACUGGACUCGUUAUCCGUUUGGGCCCCAAUCAGCAACGCCUGGGUGGGUGGAGGAGAGUUUCACCAACUUCGAGAAGGGCAUCAACUGGCGAUCGUACGUGGUGUGCGACGUGGCCUACAACAACGUCAACAAUUGGCUGUGGACGCCGUUUAUCGAGCGCGGCGAAGCCAACCGCAUCUACAUUGAGAUCAAGUUCUCGAUGCGCGACUGCUCCCUCUUCCCCGGCACGGCCCUCUCGUGCAAGGAGACGUUUUCGCUGCUCUACUACGAGUUCGACGCUGCCACUCGCGAGCCGCCGCCUUGGGAACCUGAAAGCUACAAGCUCAUCGACCGCAUCGCAGCCGACGAGGGACGAUUCACUUCAUCCAACGAGGUCAUCAUCAACACGGAGGUUCGCUCGAUUCCGGUGACGAAGAAAGGCGUUUACUUUGCAUUCCGCGACCAAGGCGCCUGCAUUUCGUUGCUGGCCAUCCGCGUCUACUACAUCACCUGUCCGGAGGUGACGGCCUCGUUCGCCGCAUUCCCUGCCACGCCCACCGGCCGUGAGUUGACCUCGAUCGAGCAAUCGAACGGCGUCUGCGUGGCCAACGCCGUCGAGGAUGCGCCGCCUAAAUACCUGUGCAAAGGCGACGGCAAUUGGUACCUGCAGGGCGGCGGUUGUCUCUGCAAGCCCGGCUACGAGGCCAAUGCAGACAAGCAAACAUGCAACGUGUGUCCGCCGGGCAAAUAUAAGCACCGCAGUGGCGACGACAAGUGCCAAACUUGUCCAGACCACAGCAUGGCGCCCUACUCUGGAUCCUCGGAAUGCCGAUGCAAUCAAAAUUAUUACAGGGCCCUCAAAGAUCCAAAGUCGAUGCCGUGCACUCAAUCGCCUUCCAAGCCGCAAAAUUUGACAGUCAAUUUCGUUGACCAGUCGACGGUCAUCUUGUCGUGGAAUCAACCGCACAACCUGGGCGGUCGCUCGGACACGGUUUACCGUGUCGUCUGCGAUGCUUGCAACGUUGGCGUUACCUACAAUCCGCCUCAGGGCACGUUCAACGACACCAAAGUGACCAUCAGCGGAUUGAAUCCCGUGACGACCUACCGCUUCCAGGUGUUUGCCGACAACGGCGUCUCCGACCAGGUGCCGCCCAACGAGCACCAGUACAUCGACAUUGCCGUCACGACGGAAGCCUCGGUCCCGUCCAGCGUCUCCAACGUGCGCAUCAUCAACGUGCGGCCGACGGAGUUGACUCUGCGCUGGGACGCGCCCGACGAUCCUUACUCUGACAUUGAAAUGUACGAGGUCCGCUACUUCCAGAAGGGAUUCGAGAACAAUGCCAGCAGCAUGCUCAUCAACCGGCCGGAAUCGGCCUUCAGCAGCCUCAGGCAGCAGACUGUCUACGGGUUCCAGGUGCGAGCCAAGACGACCCACGGCUGGGGAGAGUUUAGCUCGCCCGCCUUCAAAACCACGGGCGCCGUACUGGCCACUUAUGAGCACACGGAAGAGAAUCUACAAGUCAGGAUCAUUGCCGGCGCUGUUGUCGCCGGUAUCAUCAUCGUUGUCGUCAUUAUCGUCGUCACCGUCCUCUAUCUCCGCAGGAGCAACGACGAAUGCAACAAGAAACAACCCAGCGAUUGCGACACACUGGAAUACCGAAACGGAGAAGGACUCGUCAUCACCUACAUGCACAAUCACCUGGACAGUCCCCCGAUUAUACCCACGCACACCAAUGGAAUGACGACGCCGUUGUUCACACAAGCCAACGCUCCGCGCUCUUACGUUGACCCGCACACCUACGAGGAUCCCAAUCAAGCCGUGAGAGAAUUCGCCCGUGAGAUCGAUGCCGCCUACAUCACGAUCGAAGCCAUUAUCGGUGGUGGUGAAUUUGGCGAUGUCUGCCGCGGUAAUUUGAAGUUGCCCCAACGCCCCGAAAUGCUGGUGGCCAUCAAGACGCUGAAACUGGGCAGCUCGGACAAGGCCCGAGUGGAUUUCCUGACCGAGGCUUCGAUAAUGGGCCAAUUUGAGCACUCGAACGUCAUUUAUCUGCAAGGCGUCGUCACUAAAUCCAACCCCGUCAUGAUCAUUACCGAGUACAUGGAGAACGGAUCAUUGGACACCUUCCUCAGGGCCAACGACGGAAAGUUCCAGGUCCUCCAAUUGUUGAGCAUGUUGCGCGGUAUCGCCAACGGCAUGCAAUAUCUCUCUGAAAUCAACUACGUCCAUCGUGACUUGGCCGCUCGCAAUGUUCUCGUCAACUCGCAGCUCGUCUGUAAAAUUGCCGAUUUUGGAUUGAGUCGCGAAAUUGAGAGCACCACCGAGGGCGCCUACACGACCAGAGGUGGAAAGAUUCCCGUCAGGUGGACGGCUCCGGAAGCCAUCGCCUUCCGCAAGUUCACAUCGGCCAGCGACGUCUGGAGUUUCGGCAUCGUCUGUUGGGAGGUCAUGUCGUACGGCGAACGACCGUACUGGAACUGGUCCAAUCAAGACGUCAUAAAAUCCAUCGAAAAGGGCUACAGAUUGCCGGCUCCAAUGGACUGCCCCGAAGCCAUCCAUAAUCUCAUGUUGGACUGCUGGCAAAAGGAACGGGCUCACAGGCCCGCCUUUACUGCCAUCGUAGCCACGCUGGACAAAUUGAUCCGGUGCCCUGAGCUGCUGCAGAGACUGGCACAGAGCAGGCAUACUGAACCGCUGUGUCCAGAGGCCCCGGACAUGCUCCAGUUCAAGUCGAUUGAAGAGUGGCUGGCAUCGCUGAAGCUGUCGCGUUACGUCGACAACUUCCAGCAGGCCGGCGUGACGACGCUGGACGCCGUGACACGCCUCUCUCACGCCGACCUUUCUGGACUGGGAAUCAUCUUGCUGGGACACCAGCGCAAGAUCAUGAACAGCAUCCAGGCCAUGCGGGCCCAGUUGUCCAUCAGCAUGUCUGAAGGAUUCCUCGUGUGAGAGAUUUCUGCUCCUGCCGCUACUGUUACGUCAGCAAAAAAAAGAAAUACCGUUGAGGAAUUUAUACGGAGGGCAAACUGAACAAACACGCAGAAAACUGAUCAAGUGAGACCACCGGCGUGGAUCCCCAACAACAUUUCGUGAUGGUGGAAAAAGCAAAGUUUCAAAAGAAAAAAAGGAAAAAAAAAUAAUAAUCAGAAACAUGAUACAUCUCGUGCUCCAGCGUCCGACGUCUCUACUUCUCUCCCUCUCUUUGUGUGUGUGUGUGUAUUUGUGCGUGUGUGUGUGUGUGUAUUAGCAAAGAAGAAGUGGCUGUUGUUGGCUGAAGGAGAAAUGGAAAAAGAAGGUGCAACAAUAACCGGAGUUGCUGUUGGUUGAUCGAUGACCUCAACUGGACCGUAUGCGAGUCGUGCGGUUUUCCAUGGCUGCUGCAUAUAUAUAUAUGAUAUAUAUAUAUGUGUACAGUGUUGUUGUUGUUGUUGUGAAAAAUGGGAACCAGCAAGAAAAAGAUGAAACCAUUCCCUCCUGUUAACCACGUUCUCUCCUCCGCCCCCUGCGGGCCAAAGUUGUACAUUAGUGUAAAUUAUGAUAUCGAAAUUCAUUUUGUAGCUUUAUUCUCCUCCUCUUCCUCCUCAAUUUUCUGUUUUUCGUUUCCAUUUUCUUUGAUUGCAAUUGUUUUUUUAACAUGUGAAAAACAAACGUUUUGAGUCUAUGCCCUUCGCGCGCCCUGAAACAUUCGAAUUCUUUUUACGUUACGUUUUUUAUAUGCUACGUGUACUCUACUUGUAUCAUAUAACAAGAAAUCAAGAGACAAAAAAAAAGACUACAUCUUAAAAACAAAAAAAAGUUUACAAUUUACAGCCCAUUGGAAGAAGAAAAAAAAGUCCUUGAAUUGAUUUGCGUGUGUCCGCCAAUUGACUAAGAAAAAUGAAGGAGGGGGAUGUGUGUUUUCUCUAGCAAAAUUCUCUCGCCCUUUUUUUAUUUUUAAUUUACUCACUUGAUUUUUACACUAAACGGCCUCAAUGGCCCUCAAAGAAAAAGUUACGACAACACGUAAAAAAAAUUGCUGAAGGGAACUCUAUCCGAUCUCAUUCUUGUUUGGCCACACACGAGCGUUUAUUAUCAUUUUAUUUCGUUUUUUUUUUUCUUUUUCACGAUGUCCUUCUCUUUCGACCAAAAUUGGCUUUGGCUAUUUCCACAAUCGUUUAAAAAAAAUAUUUUUCUUUCCGAACAGAAAGGGGGAAAAUCACCUUGGAUGGAAGUGUCGAUUGUAGGGGACUCGCACACACUCUCUCUCUGUGCCACUUUGUGUAAACGUCAGAGAAAUCCACACACAAACGAUGGAUUGAUGUGUGUUUCUUUUUUGUGGGUGGGUGGGUGUGUGUGAUAUGAGAUCAUCCCGUUUAGAAGGAAUGCAAUUAAGGGCUGGUUGCCAACCACUCGGUUCACACACUAUAUCCCUGGGAAGGAUUGAUGGUUCUCCAUGAUUUCUUCAUUUUCUUACUUCAUUUGGUUUUUUGGUUUCGAAUGCCCGUCUUAAGUUCUCACUCGGUUUUGCUCUCUGUCCAAGGUUCCUACAACUAAAACAGCAAAAAACAAAAAAAUUCCGUGCCCAGCUCUUAAUUACUUACGCUGCUCUCUUUUAUCCUUCUGGAAAUUGGGUUUUUAUUUCAGUUCAUUUUUUUCUUCUUUUCCAAAAUCUUUAUUUAUUUAUUUGAAUUUUGUUUUUUUCUCCUUUCAUUUUCUCACGCUGGAAUUUACGAGCACAAUAUUUAGCCAAACCACUUUCAAGUAAAACGAGUCUUUUUACAGCAUUUAAUUUGAUACCAGAAUCCCUGCCUUGAGUUUUUUUUGUUUUUUCUUACUUGGGUGAUUUCACGAUUGGGUUCGAUUUUUUCACAUCGUCGUGGCGAGUUGUAUUUACUUAUUCCCCCUCCCUUUAUUUUUUAAAAAAUCAUUUGAGCUGGCAUAUACAUAUUAUACAUAUAAAUAGUUAUUAUUGCAACACAAGAAAAGGGAAGUUUUGAAUGAUGGGAAAUUUCGUCGUCCGCAAGUCAGCCGUUCAACUUCAUCGCCCCUCCCUUAUUUCCCAGCCCAAAUUUAAUAUCAAGAAACUUUUUUUUAAAUUUUCUUUAGAAAGAAGGAAACAAAUUCAUAAUUUAUUUCUUUAUUUGCUUAAAUGAAAAAUGACACAGAUACACCUGGAAUCUUCUUCCCUCCCCAUUUUCGUUUUGUUCCCCCAUUAAUUUGUUGUUGUUGUUGUUUUUGAAAUAGAAAUCCCUCUACAGGAAAAACCUGGACAACAUAAAAGGAAAAACAGAUGUAAAAGUUUGUUUCUGUUUUUGUAAAAAAAAAGGUUUUUUUCCUUGGAUGUAAAUCUGGUGAUGAAGUGAAAACAAAAACAAGAAAUUGGGGCUCUGUGUGUUUUCCUCCUUUCCCUCCUCCUAAAAGUUGAAAUUUUUGUGUUUGCGCCAAUAUGGAAAUCGAGAAACAAAAAAGUUAAACAAAAAAAAAAAAGGUGAAAACGUUAAACAUUUUGUACAUGACGCUGUAUGUAUGAUGAUUGAUAAUUGAUGAGAAUAUACGAAAUCGAAUGUAAACUGAAA